UUCCAUACUACGCAGUCUAUCCCUCGAAACUUCCAAUUUGUCCGAGGUCACGACAGACAGAAGGGCGAUGCCCGUCACACAACAUCGAGGCCCAAUCCACGAGGGCGUGAGCUGCGAUAGGUAGAACAAGGACACCCACCCUCGAAUCAUGUACACGUCCUAUCACAUCUGAAUAGGAAGGUAGAUGGCGGCCCACUUACGUUUCUGAAACUCUUCGCCUCUAGAAUUUGUGGCGUCUGAUUGUGGAGGCUCAUCCGUAGAUUGUUGUCUAUUUACCUAUGCAAUCGCCACCGAACUGAGCACAACAACAACAUGCACCGUCAACUAUCGAACGCUGCGUUAGAUUGAUACUCUCUACAAGUUAUCAGCUCGUUUCAAAACUUCUCGGAAGCGCGCCUAAGAUCCAGUAUGGCGAAUACAACAUUUAGAGAGCAUCUUGACGUCUACCGGCGUCCCGGUGUCGACCGGUCCUUCACCACGUCUCCUCACGUUAGCUUCGCCUCGAUCCCGGACUAUGCUCACACAUCUCAAGACGAUUCGGAACCAUGGGUUCAUGCCCAGCAGUAUGCGGAGGGUUACGGAAAUGUUGAGAACUGCGGGUCUUGUGGGGAGUUUGGAAAUUUAUGCCUCUGCGAAGAUAACAGCACAACCCCAAUCGGGGAUGUGGCUAUGGAUGGCUCUUGGAACCACGGGUAUCCUCCCACGACGGAUCGUAUGGAAUGGAGCUUUGUACCUGGUCUUCGAAGCUUGAGAGGAAGAAGUGAUCGUGUUAUGAAUGGCAUGGGAGAGCAGGAGGAAGAAGAAGUUGGCGGUAUCGAGGGCUCCGAUGACCAGAGAUCGAAGAGACCACCAGAGCCUGACCUGGAGACGGGCCCAUACUCAUCGACUAAUGCUGGAGCCAGCUCGAUCUGCUCAGACUCGCAGGAACAGUCAGAGGGGAAUGUUAGCAAGCAGGCGUAUUCUCCAAAUCAGGACGGUCACGACCACGCGAGCGAAGGGGAGCUGUUACAGCAUGGUGAAGAUUUGGAUGUUGAGUUUCAUCCAUCUCCGUGCCUCCUUGGGGGCUGUCGAGGAACCUAUGUGUUCAAGACACUGUCCAGCUAUCGCACCCAUCUGAAGAACGUUCAUGACAAGAUCAUUUAUUGUCGAGUCUCAGAAUGCAGUCGUAGCCACACGAAGCCAUUUACCAGCGAGACCGAUCGACGUCGUCACCACCAAGCCAAACAUAACUCGAAUCCAGACAAGCCUUUCAAAUGCGUAAGAAGCGUCUGCCCUGCCAGAGUGAGAGCGUUCAAGCGCAAAGACAAGCUUUCCGAGCACAAUAAGAAGUAUCAUGCUCAAAGCUUGUGCCAUAUUUGCUCGUGCUACUUCGACAGUUUCGAAGAGAUGUUAGCGCAUACAAACUUUGGCCAUGGUUCUUUUGGAUCCGAGAGACAGGAUGUCUGAACGAGUAGUACUGGAGAUUUUCUAUGGUGCUCUUCAUGGCUUACCUGAAAGGAGCCACGGUUCAAUGUUCUUACGAUUUCAUGAUUAGUUUUUCAUCGUCUGCGAAGAUAUGAACGAAUGAGAAGGUUGACGUUUUAUAUAAAUUGAUG